CUUUACAGCCAGGUCUUCUCUCUGGUCCUCAGGUCAGCUGAGGAGGCGGGUCUGUGUUAUACUCAUUUAUGAGAGGAGGGAACUGAGGCUGCAGAGUUCGUUGGCAAAGCCAGUGACAGACCAGGGAUUGGAGCCCAGGGGGCUGGGUCCAGAGCUGACAUUCUUAUCUCAGUGCUCACUUAGGGGCUUUGCCAGCCCCAAACUUGGGGAUAGAGAUGAGGUCUUUCCAUCUGCCUUGGCCUUUUCUUCCUUGGUAUUUGGUAUUCGGUGACCUUAUGCCCUUGGUUUCUUCUGUCAAACCCAUUGUUCUGAAUUUAGUUGGCAUAAGGGUUCCCAAAGCGGAGUGGAGGUUUCAAAGUUUGAGCUGUGUUGGUGCCAGUCCCAGGUUCUUCUCUUUGGAAACUUUGAUAGGACUUAUAUUUUGGUAUUUUUCUUUUCCUUUGAAAUCCGGAAUGAAUCCGCUUUUUUCCUCUGACCUGUCAUCUCUGACCUGCCAUCACAAGGCACACAGGGGUCUGAGAGCAAGACCCUUAAGUAGGAGGUGUAAUGUGUGGGAUUGCGUGAGACAGUUUCUUGUGACACACCCAGAAUUGGCUCUCGGUGGCUUCCAGCUUCUGUAUGGCGGGUCCCCUCUUGUUCCCCAGGGCACAGCAGCGCAGAGUGUUGGGAUUACUGGCCAUUCUCUAAGGCUGCAGGGCCUAUGAGUAAUAGUGUCAAAGGAGGCGGAGGAAAAAGCUGCUUAAUAUAGAUGGUUACAGCCACCCAGACCCACCGGUAGGGCGGUAACAAGGCCUUUCUUCUGGUUUCCUCCCUGGGACCUAAGGCUUUGAAAGGCUGGAGUCAAGGAUCUUUCAGAGAAGAAUUCCUUCCCUAGUCCUGGGGUAGACAUACCAGGGCUCCUGCACUGGGCGAUUGGGAUGUCCCAGAGAUGAUUCCCCUGCCAGUCAGUGCCGCGGUCCUUUGCUGCUCGACAAAGACGCCUGCAAUUGGAAGGGUUCUGUGAUCCUCUGGCUUUAGAAUGGGCAAUGCUGUUGAAAAGCAGAAACCCCUGAGCCGAAGUCAUCUGUGCCCCUGGAGACAAGACUCGCAGCGUUCGCACCUCUCCUCCUUCACCAUGAAGCUGAUGGACAAAUUCCACUCACCCAAAAUCAAGAGAACUCCGUCCAAGAAGGGAAAGCCCACCGAGGGGUCCGUGAAGAUUCCAGAGAAGCCUGGCAACAAAGAGGCAAGAGACAGAUUUCUACCAGAGGGCUACCCUAUCCCCUUGGAUCUGGAGCAGCAGACAGUAGAAUUUAUGUCCACCAGUGCUGUGGCUUCCAGAUCUCAGAGGCAGAAGAACCUGAGCUGGCUGGAAGAGAAGGAGAAGGAAGUUGUCAGUGCCUUGCGCUACUUUAAGACAAUUGUGGACAAGAUGGCUAUCGAUAAGAAGGUGCUGGAGAUGCUUCCAGGGUCAGCCAGCAAGGUGCUGGAGGCCAUCUUGCCCCUGGUGCAGACCGACCCCCGCAUCCAGCACAGCUCAGCCCUCUCCUCCUGCUAUAACCGGGUGUACCAAAGUCUCGCCAACCUCAUCCGUUGGUCUGACCAGGUGAUGCUUGAAGGGGUGAACUCGGAGGACAAGGAGACAGUGACGACGGUGAAGGGCGUCAUCAAGGCCGUGCUGGAUGGAGUGAAGGAGCUGGUCAGGCUCACCAUCGAGAAGCAGGGACGGCCCUCUCCAACCAGCCCGGUGAAGCCCAGCUCCCCAGCCGGCAAGCCUGACGGUCCGCCCGAGCUCCCCCUGACAGACCGGGAGAUGGAGAUUCUAAACAAGGCCACAGGUGCGUCGCCCUCCACCGAGCUGCUCCCAGACUCUGCCGACGAAGAGGCUGCGCCCCCCAAGCCCCCCUUGCCUGGCAUUCGGGUGGUUGAUAAUAGUCCACCAGCAUUACCACCCAAGAAAAGACAGUCCGCCCCGUCCCCUACCCGCGUGGCCGUGGUGGCCCCCAUGAGCCGAGCCACCAGCGGCUCCAGCCUGCCUGUGGGAAUCAACAGGCAGGACUUCGACGUGGACUGCUACGCACAGAGGCGCCUGUCCGGAGGCAGCCGGUCGUGUGGCGGGGAGUCGCCCCGCCUGUCCCCCUGCAGCAGCACGGGCAAGCUCAGCCGAUCGGACGAGCAGCUCUCCUCCCUGGACAGGGACAGCGGCCAGGGCUCCCGGAACACAAGCUGUGAAACGCUCGAUCACUACGAUCCCGACUACGAAUUCCUCCAGCAAGACCUCUCCGACGCCGACCAGAUACCUCAGCAAGCGGCCUGUAACCUCAGCCCGCUGCCGGAGUCCUUGGGGGAGUCGGGCUCUCCGUUCCUCGGCCACCCUUUCCAGCUGCCUCUGGGCGGCUGUCCCCAGCCUGAGGGGCCCUUGGUCCCAGGGCAGCAGACGGAUACCCCACCCGCCCUUCCCGAGAAGAAGCGCAGGAGCGCCACCUCGCAGGGCACGGACAGCUCGGGCAGCAGGACGCCCUACGAGCGGCACCCCUCUCAGUACGACAACCUCUCGGAGGAAGACCUGCAGAGCCAGGCCCCUGGCCCGCCCGGCCCCUACCCGCCCUUCGCCUCCAUCCUCCCCUUCCAGCCCGCCGGCUUCACCGCCCCGGAAGCAGCCAGUGACCCGGAGAAGCCACCGCCUCUGCCAGAGAAGAAAAACAAACACAUGCUGGCCUACAUGCAGCUGCUGGAGGACUACUCGGAGCCACAGCCCUCCGUGUUCUACCAGACGCCGCAGAGCGAGCACAUCUACCAGCAGAAGAACAAGAUGCUCAUGGAGGUCUACGGCUUCAGUGACUCCUUUGGCGCCGGGGACACCACCCAGGAGCUGGCUCCACCGCCCGCCCUGCCCCCGAAGCAGCGGCAGCUGGCCUCCUUUGCUGCUUCUUCCUUCUCCUCUGUCUCCUACUGUGUCCAGCAAACUAAAGUGGCCUUCACCCCCGAGGACGGCAGUGCCACUCAGGGCCUCAGUGUGUCCGUGUCUAACUCCUUUCUCAGCCGGCACGGCAGCUUGCCCGUGCCCUCGUACAAAUCUGUGUUUAGGUCCUACUCGCAGGACUUCGCGCCUCACCACCACGCUUCCGUCCAACCUUUCCUCCCGCCUACCUCCUCCUCCUCUCCACACUUCCCACCCGUCCGCCCGUCUCCGAGCGCGGACGCGGCCGUGCCCGCCGCGGCCGGGCCGCCUCCCGGCACCGCAGACGGGCCUCUCUCGUCUCCUCAGGAGAGCAGCUGCCAUGGCCCUGCCCACCUUUCCUCCGAAACCUCUUUCACUGACUCGAGUACAAACGCCAGUGAGGAAACUGGCGAGGGGGACUAUGUCAGUCUGUGUUCCUCUGGCCAGAGCAGCGAGGAACUGGGCCCCCCUCGAGGAGAGCCAGCGGCCGGGAAGGACGGACACCCCAGGGACCCCUCGACGGUCGGCACACCCGGGAAGGACAGCAGAGAUGGCGGAGAGAGGGCCCCCAAGUCCCCAGAUGCUCUGGAGCCUCAGUCAGAAGAGGAAGUGGACGAGCUGUCACUCAUUGACCACAAUGAGAUUAUGGCCAGGCUGACGCUCAAGCAAGAGGGUGACGACGGGCCGGACGUGCGUGGAGGAUCCGGGGACAUCUUGCUGGUCCACGCUACUGAGACAGACAGAAAAGACCUGGUGCUGUACUGCGAGGCCUUCCUGACCACCUACCGCACCUUCAUCAGCCCCGAGGAGCUCAUCAAGAAGCUACAGUACCGCUACGAGAAGUUCUCGCCCUUCUCGGACACGUUCAAGAAGCGUGUCAGCAAGAACACGUUCUUCGUGCUGGUGCGGGUGGUGGAUGAGCUCUGCCUGGUGGAGCUGACGGAGGAGAUCCUGAAGCUGCUCAUGGAGCUGGUCUUCCGCCCUGGUGAGCAGCGGGGAGCUGAGUCUGGCCCGCGUGCUGCGCAAGAACAUCCUGGACAAGGUGGAACCAGAAGAAGCUGCUGCGCUGCGCCAACUCCGACCAGCCCCUGGCGGCCAGGGGCGUGGCGGCCAGGCCGGGGACCUUGCACCGGACUUCCACAGCCACGAAAUCGCCGAGCAGCUGACGCUGCUGGACGCGGAGCUCUUCUAUAAGAUCGAGAUCCCAGAGGUUUUACUUUGGGCCAAAGAGCAGAAUGAGGAGAAGAGCCCCAACUUGACGCAGUUCACAGAACACUUCAACAACAUGUCCUACUGGGUCCGCUCCAUCAUCAUGCUGCAGGAGAAGGCCCAGGGACCGGGAGC